AUGGCUAGGUUGAAUGAACCCCCCGUGCCUACGGACAGCCUUGAAACGCUUCGAAAGAAGCUGCUGCGCCAGAACCGUGACCUUGCCAAGUCAAACAACAUACGAGCGCUUCGAAUCCGAGAACUCGAGAAUGAUUGCGCCUGCAUGCUGUCCGAGAACCUCGAGCUCCGGGGCCGCAUCCUGGAGCUUGAGAAGGAGCUCGAGGACAACGAUGCCAGGAGAAUUGCUGACCACGCACUCGCGAUCAAGGCUAAGCUAGAGUCCCAGCUCACAGAAUGGGGCACCCUUCUUGCUGGCCUUGGUCUGGAGCCUCCCAUGAAGCGACAUUCCCCUCGCCCUCGAAAGUCACAACAGCAGCCGAGAUUGAGCUUCAGCUCUGCCCGACCUAGCCCUUCUCAACGGCGACUACGAGACAUUGCCCGAGAGAUCGAAGAACUAGGACACAUUCAAGAGACCAAGGCAUAUCCUCGCCAGUCCAUGAACCCCGAAGAAAUUCUUGCCCUCCGAUCAGUCGCCGAAGAUGCCAACUCCCCUGAUAGCGUUGAUUCUCCCGAGCUUGGUCCUCCUCCUAUGUCACAGUUCAUUGAUCAGGACCCCGUAAAGGUUGACUCGCCAAGCCGGUCGCGUUCUGCACCGGUUCAAGAAAGCCCCAAGACAAAGCUCUCGCCACCCGAAGCCCUUGAAUCACCACACAGCACCAAGAUGAUGCCACGAUCCCCGUCGCCGGAGAAGAAGAAGAGGGAGGUGGUUGUAGAGCCGCAGGAGCCGCAAACGGAGACAACUGUACCAGAAAAGAAAGCCGUCGAAACGAAGCCACUUGAGACCAAGGAACCAACCCCUCCUGUGGCUGAUACCUCAUCCAUUCAACCUGUCAAGACCGGAUCGAAGCGAAAAUUCGCCGCCAGAGACGACCUGGGAACAACUAAGCCACAGAGGAUAAACAACGAAAACGAAAACGCUCGAAUCAUUGCCGAAAAGCCAUCGAUCCGUGAGAAGGCUGGAGGCAGGACACUGAAGGAGCUCACUAGCAUGAGGAAAGAAGCUCGUGAGAAGGCAAACGCGACAGGUACAAGGAAGCCUCUCGCGGCCAAGAGUACCAACGACGAUAUGACUUCACCAAAGAAGACAUCCAAGCCACUGGCUUUGGACGAAGUUGCCGCGGCCAAGGCUGAUCUUGUCAAGUCCAAGGUCACUCAAGAUCGACCGAAGUCGAGGUCCAAAGUCCUGCCUCCCAUCACCAUCGAGGCUGUGCCCGAUCUUGAGCACACUGCACCAAGAGUUACCGACCUAUCAUGCGAGCUCGGAACACCCUUGACUCAACAAGUCCUCCUGUCUCCCAACUCGCCGGAUAGUGCCGUUUCGUCGGAGGCAGGACGUGGAGGAACCCCUCCACCCAUUGACAUCAACGCGAGCCGGGAACCAGCGAGGCCCAGCAGACGGAGUAGGGCAGCAGUCAGCUACGCGGAACCGAACCUUCGAGACAAGAUGCGACGACCCACCAAGGAGCUUCUCGAUGCUGUGACAGGCGAGGGCAAACAUGCUCGACGAUCGAGUGUAGCCGACCUGACUGCCCCCGACACGGCCAAGGUGAAGCGCGAGACCGAUGCCAGUGACUCCUGGAAGAAGCUUCCUUCUGCGAGUUCCACGAAUGCCGAGGACGAGCCUGGGAGCAUCCCUGCCAGUCCACUCGCCGGAAAGGGUUCACCGCCAGAGCUUCCACAGUCUGUCGGUGUACGAGGAGGUAGACGCUCAUCGAUGAUGGUUCAAGGGCUUGCCGCGGACCGUGUUGAGUCGAAUGAAGCCAAAGACAUCAAUGAUGAGUCAACCCCUGACUCGACCAGUCUGAGCGAGGUAGAUGUGUAUGACUUUACACCCUCCUCACCUCAGCCUGAGAAGCAGGAACCUGCUGAACCGAAGAAGAGGGCUGCUGGUCGGCGAGCCACGAGGCGCGUGUCGACGGCUGUCCAUAGCGAGGAAGGCCUCGCGAUCAGAGAGCGAGCCUCAUCGAGGCGAAGGAGUAUGAUGCUGUAA